AUGCCGCGCCAGCCUGUCGAUCUGGAGGAGGCGCUGAAGAAGAAAGGAGGCCUGACGCUGUCGCAACUCGCAAACUACGACGACUUGAUCACGGAUACCCUGGUCGAUCGGGUAUACUACUGGUCCAUCAUCCGCAAACUCAAGGGCAACUACCACGCCUGCCGCGGUGUCCGCGAAGAACUGGUCUGUAAGAUUCUGCAGGACAAAUGCGUGAUCGAGAAAGAGCCCGCCGAGGCGCACAAGGAGAUUCUGGCGCUCCCGGGCAUCUCAAAGUUCUACAAGGGCUUGGGCAGCGUGGACGAGAAGGACCACUUCGAGCGCCAUCUGAGGAAGUACAUCAAUAUUUACGUCCCAGACUGUCCGUUUGAGGUCGCGACGACGAAUCGCUACACCAUCACUACGGCGGAAGCAUGUAUCAAGGCGCGGAAGCACAUCAAGCGGGGAGCGGAGAUCAGAUAUCUGAAUGGCAUCCAAGUGGAGAUGACCGAGAAGGAGGAGAAGGAGCUGUCCAGCCGGACGGACUUCAGCAUCGUUCUUUCGAGCCGCAGGAAGCGGCCUUCGCUUUUCCUGGGUCCGGCGCGCUUUGCGAACCAUGAUUGCGAUUCGAAUGCGAAGCUGAACACGACUGGGGCGCAUGGGAUCCACAUCAUCGCGAGGAGGGAUAUUGCCCCUGGUGAAGAGAUUACUGUGACGUAUGGAGAGGACUACUUUGGCAUUGACAACUGCGAGUGUCUGUGUGGGACCUGUGAGGGCUUGCAGCGCAAUGGAUGGGAUCCGCUUGGUCCGGUUCUGCCGGACAGCAGUGAUGAAGAGGAUAGCGAUGAGGAAGAAGAAGAAGCCCCUUCGAGCAGGAGGAAGCGGAAAGUUAAGGUAGAACAGGACAGCCGUUCGCCUUCGACUUUGGGGAAGCGUAAGCGCGGCGAAGAUUCUGCCCGCUCGAGCCGGAAUUUGCAGGCACGAUCUCAGCACGAGCGAGCGCAAGAUGAGCUGCGCGAGGAUGCCUCACGCUCAAGACGAAAGGCGGCGCAAGUCGGCAAAGGAAGGAAACGAAAAAUUGAUGACGGAUGGUUAAAGGACAAUUCUCAGGCGGCCGCCGGUGCGGAUGACGAGGUUCAGCAGGAUGACGAGGGAGACCAGACUCAGACGCCGCAAAACGACGACUUGCUGGAUCGCAUUUUCAACCUGCUGACGUCGAUCGGCGAACGUCGCUUGGGAGAGAUGGAGUCUGGUCAAAGUACCCCUCAGGAAGCGAACGAUCGCAGUCAGAGCAGCGGCGCCAGGUCGAUGACUCCCCACGAACCUCCCUCGAGCUUCGAGGAGGACUCUGCAGGGCAGCAAUCCGCACCAACGUACGCCAAUGGACUCUCCCGGCCGAGAAGCGUAGACAUGUCGCCUUCGAGGAAGCUUAGCAGCCCUACCAGGACGCUGAAACUCACUUCGCCCAGUAAGCGAUUGCCACUGGUCAAGAAGGAGCGCAGCAUGUCCUCCCUGCGCCACGUGACGAGCGCCGAAGACUCCGAAGCCGACAUCUACCGCGUCCCUCCAUCUCCCAGUCCACAGCCUGCACCAAAGCGAAAACGCGGCAGACCGCGGAAAUAUCCAAGACCAGAAGAGCAGCGCAUCAUCGAGGAGCCAAACACUCAAUCCACAGCAUCGAGCUCAGUAUCGCCGCCCCACGACAGCUCCUCUGCGGCUUCUCAAGCAUCCAGCUCCACAUCCGUCGACUCGUUCGCCGCCGGCAACAUCGCGUUUAAUAUAUGCCAGAUGCUGACCGAUGACGGCAUGUCGAAGGAAGAAGACGCCGAGCUCGACAACAUCACGCAAGCCAUCGGAGCUCUCGAGAGCAAGCAAGCGGCCAACGAACCCAACAACACCAAAUAUAACCGCCCCCGCCCCCGUCGCAGCCAACGCCACGGCGCCCCCGUACCAUCCGACCUCGUCUCCCCCGUCGAAUCCAUCGAACCCGCCCCUCCCUCCCCUUCCACCACCUCCACCCCAGAAAAACGCGGCCCCAUCCGCACCCCCGGCGACUACCACCUCACGCCCCUCCUCCUCUCCACCGCCUACCACCGCUGGGUGGAAUGCCGCAACUGCGACGAGCUGUUCGUGCAAUCCGAAGCCUAUCUAACCCGCAUCGCCUGCCCGCGCUGCGAGCGGCACAGUAAACUGUACGGCUAUCAUUGGCCGAAGACUGAUCGCGAGGGGAAGGCGGAUCGGGAGGAGCGGGUGUUGGAUCAUCGGACGAUUCAUCGGUUUAUUGAGCCCGAGGAGGAGAGGGCGGAGCGGAAGGGGCGGAGAGGCUUGGGUUUGCUGGGACAAGGGGGGAGGGAGGGAAGUGGGAGUGCGAGGGAGGGGAGUGAGGAGGUGGUGGGUGGGGGGAAGAGGUUGAGGUGUACGGAGGAGAGGAGGAGGUUGAGGGGGACGAUGUAG